ACACCGCCCUCCCACCCCCCCGCAGUCGGCCCGCUGACGGUGACCUUCAGCCGCGUGCCCACGCUGGAGCAGAUCCAGGCCAAGAACCCCGCGGUGCAGCCGGGCGGGCGCUACCAGCCCCAAACCUGCGAGCCGCGAUCCCGCACCGCCGUCAUCGUCCCGCACCGCAACCGCGAGACGCACCUGGGCCACCUCCUCUAUUACCUGCACCCCUUCCUGCAGCGCCAGCAGCUGCAGUACGGCAUCUACGUGGUGCACCAGGCGGGGAACAGCACCUUCAACCGCGCCAAGCUGCUGAACGUGGGGGUGAAGGAGGCGCUGAAGGACGAGGAGUGGGACUGCCUCUUCCUGCACGACGUCGACCUCAUCCCCGAGAACGACCACAACCUCUACACCUGCGACCCCUGGAACCCCAAACACGUCUCCAUCGCCAUGAAUAAAUUCGGGUACAGGUGAGCGCUCCUGUGACCUUCGAGGACCCUCCCAAGCCAACCGUGCUGGGAUUCCGUGGUUCUGUGAUCUUGAAGGACCCUUCCAACCCAAGCAUUUUGUGAUCCCAUUGGUGAAUGGUCUUUAGGAUCGCUCCCAACCCAACCAUUCCAUGAUCCCAUGGUUCUAUGAACUUGAAGGACCCUUCCAACCCAACCAUUCCAUGGUUCUCUGAUCUUUAGGGUCACUCUCAACCCAACC